CUUCAAUUUUUCCUAUCAACCAGAGAGAGCAAAAGGCUUCUCCUCCCUCCUCCUCCCUUCUCCUCCUCACACUGAAAUUUUUAGAGAGAGAUAGGAACCUCCCAUAGAAAAUUUUAGAGAGAGUAAUUAAGGAGUUCAAUGAGAUAGAUAGAUAUGGUGGGACUUAGCAUAGUAUUGGAAGGAGGUCAAAAGGGGAGUGGAGUUAGCAAAAAUGUCCCACAAGUAAUUAACAAAGCCACCAUGAUUGUCAUCAACAAGCCUUCUUCUUCUUCUUCUUCUUCUUCUUUUUUGCCUUCUCCUUCAAGCCCUUCACAAAUAACCCACACAAGUUUUCAUUUUUCUUCUCACUCCUCAGUCUCACCCUCCUCCUUUGGGCAACCAACUUUUCUUGACCAAUGCCUUCUCUGCAAGCAGAAACUCUUGCCUGGCAAGGACAUCUACAUGUACAAGGGGGACAGGGGAUUUUGCAGCGUGGACUGCAGGUACAGGCAGAUUUUCAUGGACGAGGAAGAGAUUGUUCACAAAGAGAAGCAGAAGUACUGUUCUUCUUCUCCUUCAGCUUCCUCUGAUCAGCGCAAAGGGACCAGAAACCGAGCGGGUGGAUUUGCCUACUGAGAUAGAAGAGAGGAGAGGGAGAGAUGGGGGAGAGAGUUUUACCAGUGUGGAACCGAUAUGAAUUGGUUCCUAGAGUUGUAUUUCCAGUUUUACCCUUAGUUAAUUUCGAAAAGACUUUGAUGUCCUUUGUCGUUUUUUCUUGCUUCCUGCUACGGGGCCAGGAGAAUCCAACCUGUUCAAACGUCAAACAUUUAGAACGGAAACCAUGGUGGAGGACAGUCGUGGGAUUUUGUGACAGUUGGAAGGGCAUUAAUGGCAUUUCCUUCUUAUGCUUAA